AUGUCCUCGUCGCAAACAUACCUUCCCAGUCCACACAUCCAUACCUUUCUCUACGAACACUUCUACGUCUUGCCAAUCGCCUUCUUAUCUGCCUACAUCCUCUACCAACGCUUUUUCUCCCCUCUCGCACGCAUUCCAGGACCCUUCCUCGCCUCUCUAACAGACUGGUGGUACGUCCGCGCAACUCGUACCGAAGCCUGGAACCGCGUCGUCGUCCGCCUGCAUGACAAGUACGGCCCUCUCGUGCGCAUCGCACCUAAUGGAGUCUCCGUCGGUACUCCCAAAGCUGUCCGUCAGAUAUACCCCGUGAGCGCGAGCGCAUACCCGAAGUCGGACUGGUACAGCGUCUUCCGGGGGACGCGCAAGGUGGAUUUAUUCGCGGGGCAGGAUCAGAGGGCGCAUGGACAGCAUAGGAAGAUGAUUGCGAGGGCGUAUGCGAUGGAUACGCUGCAGGGUCUAGAGCCGUAUGUGGAUUAUUGUCUUGAGUUAUUGGUGGAGCAGUUAGACAGGAGGGUGGGACAGAGGGUGGAUAUGGCGAAGUGGGUGCAUCUGUUUUCAUUUGAUCAGAAACUCAUGGACUUGGUAGAUGUCAUCGGCGAAAUUACCUGGUCCGCAAGCUUCGGCUUCAUCACCGCGGGCGCCGACGAUGGCACUUUCAAUACGAUCCGUACCAUGGGUCGCUCAGGCUGCUGGCUCGGACACGUCCCCUACGUCUUCCGCGCGCAUGAGUUCCUCAAGCCCUACAUCGGCAACUGGCUCGGCAUCAACGGGCGCCACGGCGCAAUGCGCGACUUUGCGAUGCGCGAGACUGCCCGCCGGUUUGAGAAUCCCGGCGGCAAGAAAGACCUCAUCAGUCGCUUCUUCGACGCGCAUGAGAAGAACCCCGAGGAGUUCACUUACACGGAUGUGAUCAGCAUGGGGACUACACAGGUUAGUGCGGGAAGCGAUACAAUAGCCGUGAGCAUUCGGGCCAUCAUAUACCACGUGCUGCGAAAUCUAGCUGUCAAGGCGAAACUCGUGGCUGAGCUCGACGAAGCGAAGCGCAAAGGCGAGCUGAGCAACCCGAUUAAGCAUGCAGAGGCGGCAAAGUUGAAGUACUUGCAAGCCGUCAUCAACGAGAGCUUGCGUGUGCAUCCAGCACUUGGUGUGAAUCUUCCCCGUGUGGUACCGCCGGGAGGCGCAACCAUUGAGGGGCAUUAUAUGCCGGCCGGGACGAUCGUGAGUAUGAACGCCUGGGUUGUGCAUAGAGAUAGGGACGUGUAUGGUGCAGACGCAGACGUCUUCAGACCAGAGAGAUGGUUAGAAAGGGACACUGGCGAUAUGAACAUCGCCGCGCAAGAACUGUCAAAGUUUAUACCAACUUUGUUUCUGAAUUACGAUAUGGAACUUGCGGAUCCAGAGAAGGAGUGGAGGGAAGAAUGCUUGUAA